AUGGGAGACAGCCCAGCUUGGCAUGCAGAGGAGGGGGCUGUGGAGAGGAGCCAGCGCACACGCUCAGGGGGGCCCCAGGACUUCCUCCUCCUGUGGAAACAGGUCACGGCACUCCGCAUACAGCUGGCCGAGCUGCGUGCGACCACAGAGAGGGGUCUCACGGACAUGCGAGCAGAGGCGGCCAGGACAGCCUGGCGCCUGCAAACGGCCUGCCUGAACCUUGACUCCAACCUGCGUCUGUCAGCCAGCAGCGGGGCCAGUGCCCUGGAGCAGCAGGCCCUGCAGGCUGUGCGGCUAGAGCAGCAGCUACGGGACAAGGUGCAGGAGAUGCUCCAGCUGCAGGGCCGCUGGGACGCAGAGAAGGUGGCGCUCCAGGCCAGGGUCUCCAAGCAGACGCUCCUGGUGGAGAAGCUCACAGAGCAAAACUCGAAGAAGGAGGCAACCAUCUCUUCCCUCAGAAUGCAGAUCCAGAAGCUGGUGCGUGGGGCUGCGAGAAGGCGGGCACAGGGUGGGGGUUCGGCGCCGGCCCUGCUGAGGCAUCUGCUCCGGCCACAGCAGUCCCAGCGCACCAGAGGCCAGCUGCUAGCGGACACCUCGGAGGACGAAGCCGAGUCCCUGCAGCACGUUCUCAAGAGCAUCCCGGAGGUGCAGGUGGCCCGGGCGGAUGCCGGGGGCCCGGAGCUGGCAUGGGGUGGCAGUGCUGGAGCUGAGGAGGCCCGGGGCCCUCUGAGGAGGCCCAUGCGCUCUGCGUCCCCCCACCGGGGUGUGUCCCCACCGCGGGCCCGCUCCCCGGACACCCCGGACCCCACACUGCAGGCUGUGCAGACAGCCUUUGGGAGGCGGAGGCUGCAGGAGCAGGAACUGCGCCUGCAGCUGGAGUCCUCGCAGGCCGUGGCCGCCAGGCUCCGGGAGCAGCUGUCCGAGAGCCAGCAGGAGCUGCAGGCCUCAAGGAGGCUCCUGCAGGAGCGGGUGCGGGAGCAGGUGCAGGAGCGCGAGGACCUCCUGCGCAGGCUACGGACGCAGAGCCGGGAGGCACAGCACUGCAGGGUGACCAGCGAGCUCCUGCGAAGUCAAGGGCGCCUAGAACAGCUGGAGGAGAAGGUCUCGGGGCUCAAGAAGGAGCUGGUGGCAGCCCAGGAGGCACUGAACUCGGCCCGGCUGCAGAGGGACGUCCUGGACAGCGAGAGGGAGGGUCUGCGCAGAGCCCUGGCCCGGGCCGAGUCCAGCAGCACGGACCUGGGACUGCUCGUGACGCGGCUGAAGUCGGAGGGGGUGGAGCAGAGGGACUCCCUGGCCAAGAUGGCGGCCCUGACAGAGGCGCUGGCUCAGGACAAACGCAACCUGAGCCACCUGGUCCUGCAGCUGGAGCAGGAGCGGGACCAGCUGCGGGAGCAGCAGAAGGCGCUGGAGCAGGAGCUGGAGCUCUUGCAGACGGCGUGCGGGGGCCUGCGGCAGGCCUGCGGGCACCUGGAGAAGCAGCUACAGGGCCAGGCGGCCCGGUUCCAGCAGCAGUGGGACCAGCUGCAGGAGCAGAUGGGCCAGGUCACAUGCAAGAAACAGGCCUUGGAAGAACAGCUGGCCCAGAGCCUGCAGGACCAGGAGGCCCAGAUGGACACUCUGCAGAGGGCCCUGCAGGAGAAGGAGGCUUUGUCUGAGGAGCGGACCCAGCUGCUGGCCAAACAGGAGGCCCUGGAGAGGCAGGUCCAGCUCACAGCUGAGGAGGCAACUGACCUCAGGGCCGAGAGGGACUCUCUGGAGAGCAGCCUCUUUGAGACCCACCAGCUGUUGAGGCAGCUACAGGACCAGCGGGAACAGCUGGAGGGAGAGGCCCAGAGCGUGCGGCUUGCUCGGCAGGCCCUGCAAGUGGAAAUGCAGCAGCUGAAAAGUACCUGGGAGGUCCAGGAGACAAAGCUACAGUGGGACGUGGGGCGGCUUCAGCGGCAAGUGGUACAGCAGGAGCGGGAGAUGCAGCUGGCCCUGGAGAGCCAGGCGCUGGCCCACCACGAGGACCUGGCUCGGCUCCAGAGGGAGAAGGAGACGCUGAGUCUGUCUCUGACAGAGGAGAAGGAAGUGGCAGCUCGCUGUUUGGAACAGGAGAAGAAGCUGGUAGCAAAGAAUGUAGCCAAGAGGGAGGCUCUGAAGGAGGAAAUCCAGAGCUUGAAGCACGAGAGGGACAAGAGUCUCCUCCAACUGGAACAUGAGAUGCAACAGGCCCUGUCACUGAAAGAAGCAGAGGGGAGGCUGCUGAGGGAAGAGCUCUCCAGGUCCAUGCAGGAGCUGGAACAGGUGCAGCAGAAGGCCCAGAGCCAGCAUGAGCAAGCCGAGGCCACCAUCAGCGCCACGACCACAGAGCUGAAGGCCCUGCAGGCCCAGUUUGAGGACGCCAUCUCGGCCCAUCAGAGAGAGGCCUCGGCUUUGGGCGAGAGUCUCCGGAAGAUGGCGGCAGAGCGAAGCAACGCCAGGAGAGAAGCCGAGAGGCUGCGGGCCCAGCUGGACGAGGCCCGGGAGGGGCUGGCUGUGCUGCACGGGGAGCUGCGGGGCAGCGAGGAGAGCCGUGAGGGGCUUCGCAGGGAGGCCCUGGAGGCCCAGCGGGCCCUGGGUGAUGAGGCCCGCGAGCAGGACGCGCUGCGGUGCUCCAACGCUGAGCUACGGGCCGCGAUCCGCAGGGCUGAGCAGGAGAAGGCCAGUUUUCAGAGGUCCAAGGAAGAAGGGGAGCAGAAGGUGCUGGUCCUGGAGGAGGCCCGAGCCGUGGCCCAGAAGGAGGCCUGUGAGCUGCGGGCCAGGCUGAGGGAGGUGGAGCAGGCUCAGGCAGAGGCCCACCGGGAGCUCCAGGAGCUGGGCAGGCAGGUGAACAUGCUGGAGGCUGAGAACCGGAGAAAGAGCCACGAGGUCCUGAGGCUGCAGCAGAAACUGGCGGAGGUGGAGGCCGCAGCAGAGGCCCAGAAGCAGCGGCCGGAGGAGCGUCUCUGCCAGAGCCAGGGGGCCGAGCACACCGUCGGGGCCGAGCUUCGCACAGCCCCCAGGAGGCUGCAGCGGGCCGGGGGUGCGGCUGAGGGCCUGCAGGCUCGCCUGGACGAGGCCUGCCGCCAGGUCCACAGCCUAGAGCAGGCUCUAGCUCAGGCUGAGGGUGCCAAGCGGGAUUCGGAGGGCCAGCUGAGCCGGCUGUGGUCCACGCUGUGCCGUGGCCUGGGGCUCCGGGGACAGAGACCCUCAGGCUUCCCUGAGCGGCCCAGCCUCCCCAGGAAAGGCUCAGAUGGCAUCCAGGCUCGCUCCCCGCGGCAGAGGGCCAGCCCCCCCGCCCGGUCCCGCUCCCCACUGCGAUGGCCCUCACCUGCACCUGGGGACCACAGCCCGGAGGUGGACGUGGACUCUGUGUGGGACGCCCUGCGGGACUUGGUGCAGCAGCUGCAGGAUGCCCAGAGGGAACGGGACGACUGGCACUUCCAGGCGGUAAGCCUGAGCGGCCGGCUGAGUGAGGCAGAGAGCGAGCGGGCCCAAGCCCAGAGCCGUGUGCGGCAGCUACAGAAGGCGCGGGCAGACGCGGAGGAAGGUUGGCGCCAGGCAGAGGCCGAGAUGAGCAGCACCCAGGCGGCGCGGGCCCUGCAGGAGGAAGUGCUCCAGAGGCUGGAGCUCAAGUACCUGGCGAGCACGCAGGCGGCCGGCCAGGAGAAGCGGAGGCUGCAGGAGCAACUGGAUGCGCUGCACAGGGCCCUGGAUGAGAGCAGAAGGCACGGCCAGGGCCUGGCCCAGAGAGGGAAGCUGCUGGAGGAGCAGGUCGCCCGCCUGCAGCGCAGAUGCCGGGAGCCCUUGCCGCAGAUGGAGCAGGAGAUGCUAAGGAAGGAAGGGGACACGGCCCGGCCAGGGGCCAAGAAGGAAUCCCGUCCGCCUGCCCGAUGUUUCCCUCCCACACACGCCCCCUCUCCUCAGGAGCCACAGAGCUCCGCACAACCCCAUGCCUGGGGGCCCUGGCCGCAGGGUCUGCCCACCCCACCUGAGCUCCUGCCCCAUCCCCAGGUGGCCAGUCUGAAGAAGCAGCUGGACCAGGAGGUGUCUCGGCAGCAACAAGCCUGCCUCAGCCAGGCCUCCCGGCCCAAAAAGUGAGCCCUGCUGCCCAAUGCCCCCGGGUGGCCUGCCCACCACAGCCGAGAGCCGCCGGGGCCAGCAGAGCCCCCGCCAGGAGAACAGAGGCCCCGGGCUGUUCAUUCACAGCCCGGAGCCCACCACUC